AUUCCACAAACGUAAACAAAAAAAUAAUUUAUCAAACACCGACAAUUUUCUAAAUUUGAUGGAGUUUUUCAAUUUCCGGCCUUCGAUUUUCGAUCAAUAAAACUAAUUAAAGUAACGCACGUAUGAGAAAACAUUCACAAUAGAAGCUGUCUAUGGUAUUUUCUUCGUAAGAAAUACAUUCCUUCGUUAUAACUGUGUUAAAAUAGCAAGAUGCCUUACGCCAAUCAACCAUCCGUUCAUAUCACUGAUUUGACGGCGGAAAGCAUUAAAUUCCAAGUCGAGGAUACAGAUUUAAGCGUAGCUAACAGCUUACGUCGAGUGUUUAUCGCCGAAACACCAACUAUGGCGAUAGAUUGGGUACAGUUGGAAGCAAAUUCUACCGUUCUCAGUGACGAAUUCAUAGCUUCUCGUGUCGGUUUGAUACCACUCACUUCGGACGAAGUAUUAGAUAGUAUGCAGUAUUCCAGAGACUGUACGUGCGUAGAUUUUUGCCCAGAAUGCAGCGUAGAAUUCACAUUAGAUGUAAAAUGUACCGAUGACUCGACUAGACUCGUUACUUCGGCUGAUUUAAAAAGCAGCGAUGGUCGAGUCGUUCCUGUCACUUCUCGUAAUCGUGACGCCGAUGCUACCGAAUACGGUGAAACUGAUGAUAUUCUCAUUGUAAAAUUACGUAAAGGUCAAGAGUUGAAGUUACGAGCUGUAGCCAAGAAAGGUUUUGGUAAAGAGCACGCUAAAUGGAAUCCAACUGCUAGCGUUGGUUUCGAAUACGAUCCUGAUAAUGCUUUUAGACAUACGUUAUUCCCUAAACCAGAAGAAUGGCAGAAAGGCGAAUACUCCGAAUUAGACGAUGAUCAAUUUGAAGCACCUUAUAAUUGGGAAGGAAAACCGAACAAGUUUUUUUACACGGUGGAAAGUUGCGGAGCUUUGAAACCAGAGAAUAUAGUUUUGAACGGUGUUAGACAACUGAAAAAUAAGUUAUCCGAUUUGCAAACCUAUCUGCAGCGAUAUUUACAAAUGAACGUUGAAAAUGAUGCUUUGAAUAUGUUGUAAAUUCCAAUAAUUAUAGAUUACUUUUUUUUUUAUUUUAUAUUCAGUUUUCCAAGUCAGAUUUAAAUAUAUGGGAUACUGCUGGAAUUCUUCAAA